AAUUGGUGGUGAUGCAUCUGUAUAUAUACACACACAGUAGGGUGUGAAUAUACACACAGUCACACACAAUCGAAGCAAGGGAUCGCGUAAUAGAGUGGCAUAUGGGAGAAGAAAUGUGUGGAAUAUAAGCGUUGGAAGAAGAUUGAUAUACACACAUACAGAUGAUGUAUGUGUUUAGUGAGAGAAAGUUGUAGAGAGAGAGAGAGAGAGAAAGUUUCAGUCAUUAGUCGCCGCCAUUUUUGUUACGGCGGAGGAGAAGUUUUGGUUUUGAUUCGUCGGACCUUGUGGAAGGAUCGGUUAAUGUGAAUCGUUCGAUCUGUAUUUUGAUUUUUUUCACCAGGUAUUUGAAACCCUAGUUUGCGCGUGUGUGUGUUUUGAUAUAUCUCUUUGUUUGUAUGUGAUUUGUUUUGUUGAGAUUCGAAAGAUAUUGGAUGGUUCGAUGCUUUGCUAGAUCGGUUCGAUUGAUAGCUUAAUGAAACGGAACUUGUUGCUUCGGAAAUCUGACUAUAGUCUCAUUUGAAGUGUUGAAACGAGUGAUGGAUUUUGAUGGUUUUCGCGAUUGGAAGUGUUUUGUUUUGUUUGAAGAAAUAUCUACGUUUGGGGUUUUCUCUCUUUACCGGUGUAUCUCGGAGUUCACUGGCGGCAUUCUUCAUAAUUUUUAUGGUGAUUUUCUCUCUCCGUCACUCCGUAGAUGAGUUCACGGCGUUGGGGACUUACCGGGCUCGCGUGCUGGAUCUCGAUUUACAUGCUCAUCGAACUCAUUUUUGAAAUCACUUGUACUUGUUCGUCUGGGGUAUAAGAAUCAAUCUGCUAUUUCAUGUUUAGGUUUAGUACAUUGAGGGAUCUAAUCUCCUUAGAUGUUCAUCAUCGAGACGUUUUGCCCCAAGUGGCAACAGGUUGUGAAUUCAGAGUACCUUGGGUUUUCAAAGCGUUUAUAAAUUCAACUCUAUCUUCAAAGGCAAACAAUGAGGGGCCACAUCUAAUGAUUCAUCUGUGUACCUGUACUGGGGAUUCAGCCUCUACUAUUAGUUCAAGCAAAAGACGUGGUGGAACUGUGUCCUGUAAGAACUGUGGUGGAAGGCCUGCAAUUGAUGGAAAAAGUCCUUCCAGUUGUCUGCUUAGCACUGUUUUGGAACUUACUAGUCUAAUCAAUUCAGACUUCACUUGGACAAAAGUUUCAAAGGGUUGUAGGAGUGCAUCAAGGAGACCUCGGAGGUCAAAUACAAUUAAUAUAGCCUGUGGAGGACUGCUAGCUAAGGAUUCAACCGGCUUAGAAAUGCCUGUUUCUGAAUCAGAAAAGUUGGGAGUCUCUGUUCUUGGGUGUCACUUCAGUGAGAAGGCUGAACACAUACCGAUCAAGAAAAGGAGAUUCAUAUUCAGGGCAUCAUCUCCGCCUAGUAACAUCCCUAAUCCAUCCUUGGAGAGCGCCGAAAGGCAUGCAACAAGUCCCAAAGCUUCUAGCCAUGGGCUUCAAUUAAAUCCAAACACAACUUGUGUGCCUGCUGAAUCUGAAGCAGUUACUGGAAUUUCUCAAAGAGGGAGUAAUGAUGAUAAACUGGAUGAAAAGGAGUUGGUGAAGGCCAGUAAAGAAGCUGGUGAGGAUGAUGACUUCUCUGGCAUAUCUAUCCUUGCUGCUGCAGCAUGCAGUAAUAGUUUGGGAGCUGAAGCUGAUCGGUGUGAAGGCUCAGGAAUGGUCUCAUCUGUGACGAAGAGUCCUGAAGUUCUGAACAGGGUUGAACUUCAAGAAAACAAUGUUAAGUCUGCUGAUAUCUGUAAGGAAGAAUCGGAUUCACAUACAUCAACAACUCCCUCUAAAGGUGUUUUGUCAUCCACGAAGGACUAUUCCCCAGCAGAUAAGCUCACAUUGGAUAACUCCUCUCCAGAUGAAUCCACUUUGGAUAACUCCUUUUCACAGGCUCCUUCGGAAUCGGUUUUUAGCAAGUCAAAUGAGGAAGCAAGCAUAACCCAGAAGUCUUCUGCCCGAGAUGUCAGAUUGAACUGGGACUUAAACACUGUAAUGGAUGCAUGGGAAGAACCAUUUGUAGGUGAGCAUGGAAUAUCUGCAUCUGAUGCUGCACAUGACAAUAUCACAUUUGUGGAAGAGAAAAACAAUAAUUGCAUUGAAGACAUCUCUGGAGAUUGUGAGCUUGGAAGUGGAAGGGAAUGUGGAACUACAUUGAAAACCACCAGCAAUCUAAUUUUACCUGUUGAAUUGAAAAGUUUGGCUCACGAAAAUGAGGAGUUAAAGCUGGGAAACCAUAAACCAGAUGGUUAUGCUGAAAUCACUGAACCAUUAUCUCAUGAAUUUGAUAGUGCUCAAGAUAAUGUGGUCAAGGAACCAGAGUCCUUGCACAGUAAGCAAAUAAAUAGUGGUGAUGAUUCCAUUCCUGUUACUAGGACCCUAACCUUGGAGAAUCCAACACAUGGUAUUUUUUCGAAGUGGGUGAAUCUCGGUGGCCAGCGACCUGGUGGUUUAGGCUGCACUGAGGCUGUCGACACAGAGUUGUCGAUGGACUGUUCUGUACCACCUGGUUUUGAUCAUUUGCGUGCAUCCAAAGAAAAUGUUGGCUUUUCAUCUGCAAUUGUUGGUGUUGGAAAUAACUCAAACCUUCCCACUUCUAUGACACAAACAAUCAUGACUGUUACCUCAAGAUCUGAGUAUGAUAAAGAUGACUUAUCACUUACGCCUGCAGCCUCUCUGGACAAUGGAGCCGAUCAGAGUGGGGUUACUUCUAAUAAAGUUGAUGAUGAAGCCAAGAUGAAAAUGGAGUUAACCAGCAAUGUGGUUGCUAUGGAGGAUUUGGUCAGCAAGGGGACUGAUCUUUCCAAAGAAGCUGAUAAAGGAGGUUCCAAGGUGGUGUUGCAGACAACCUUUGAUGAAAUUCUUGUGGCACACUCGUCAGUAGUAGCUGAGGACCAAUCUGCUGAUAUUUCUCCUCUGCAUGAGGCUGAAGUGCCCAUGGAAACUGGUUUUGGUUAUGAUAAUUCUCAGAGUGACAAUAGAGCUGGAAGUGGGAUUGAUAAACUAGAAGAGCUCUCGGUUGGAUAUGAUUCUCAAUAUGAAGACGGUGAACUGAGGGAAUCAAGUAUAAAUGCUUGGAAGGGAUACGAGGGAAAUGGGAAUGUGGGAGAAAAUGAAUAUGACAUGGACAACAUGGGAGAUGGUUAUAAUCUUGGUAUUGUCGAUGCCCAAGAAACUAGUUCUCAAUGUGGAGAAGAAGGUUCUUCAAGAAUAAAAUUCACUGAUGUCGGAUCUGGGAGAGAAGCAGAUUUAAUAUCCAAUGUACUAUUGCCAGAGAAACUGCAGAGCAGCGAUGAAGUAUCUGGUUCAGGACCAAAUGAGAUGAUCAGUGGUCAAGAGAACAGUGAAAGACAGGAUGUUGUGCAGCAUCCAAGCCAAUCAUAUGAGUGGAAGAUGAACGUUUCUGGAUGGGAUUUAUUGCCUGAAAACCAAAGAAUCUCUUCAAAUAAUUUCACUAAAACCAGAAACUUUAGCAGUCGAAAGUUUUCCUACAGGGAGCAGAAAGAUGGGUUUGAAACAGAGGACCUGGAAACAAAGGCCGAAGGAUCAAGAUUCUAUAGGAAAGAACCACUAACGCGUAUUGGAGGACCAUCUACACGAGACAUGUUUCUUAAUAGGGGUGGAUUUCGGAUGCAAGGAUGCAGUUCCAAGGCUGCUGAUGGCUUAACCUCCAGACCAGAAAGGGAAUCAGGUGCAUUAAGAUCCUUUGGACGUGGACGAUACUCCCCACGUAGUCGUGCUAGUGGUCGAGGAGGUGGUAUGUGGAAUCGUUCCCCGGAAAGGGGCAGGGAUCUAAAGCGUCUACCUUCACCAUCUUUCCAGCGUCCACCGUUUCUUCAUUCUGUGCUAGAAGAUGCAGGAUCUGUGGAUAAUAUGACAAGCGAGGGCCAUUUGGAUCCAAGUGAUGCUGGCAGACCUAAUACUUCUUCAUAUGUUACUCGCCGACCCUUCAGAAGCAGGUCUCCUAUGAAUAGGGAAGAAAACGAUUUUCGUGCACGUUUGGGAUUGAGACCAACUGGAGACACUAGUCAUGAUAGGUUUGUGAAUAUGGGCAGGGGAAGGGGAAGGGGUAGAACUGUGAGAUAUGGUUCGAGACUUGAUGAUGCGGGACCCAGAGGCCGAUAUCUUGGACCUGCAAAUGAGGAGUGUGAUGAGUUUCUGACAGAAUAUUCACAUCCUUACCCAAGGAGGCGCCGGUGCUUUUCACCCAUAGAGAGAAGAGCGAAUCAUUCUUAUGAUUCAAGAUCACCUUCAAGACCUCGGACUCGCUCUCCAUUUGCGAAUACUGGUUUUAGACCCCGCAGUCGAUCUCCUAAUUUCAGACCCGAUGCUAGAAUGCGAAGGCCUAGAUCUCCCAAUUAUAGGCGUGGUUUUGAAGCAGAUCAUGCUAAUGAAUAUAAUCCAGGACCUCGAAACAGUAAUUCAUCACCACCCAGUUCCAGAUGGGUAAACUACAAGGAGCGGCCUGCUAUUUUUGACAGGAGAUCACCUCCACCUGGGAGGACCAACGCACCACAGGGAGAAAGGUUCAGUUUUUACGACUCUUCUAGAAAACCCAAGCAGAACGAGUACUACAGAUCCGGACAUCCUGGAAGAUUUUCCGACCUAAAUGAAGGUGGGAGAGGCAGGCCCAGGUAUAAUGUGGGUAACGAUGUUGAUCGACCUAAUAAUGGGUAUAGACGUGGGGGGUUUGUUAGGCGCUACAACAUGGAAGGGGGGCCUGCAAAGAGAUUCCAGUACGAGGAUGAAGAUGGUUUCGGUCGGGGGUUUGAUGCCCGCGAUAAGCACGCCUUGGAACUACAUGCACGAGGGAAUCCUAAACCCUGCAGUAAUGGAACGGAUAGCAGGUUUCGUGACUUUCCAAGACGGCCGAGGGAAGAUAGAGAGAUGAUGGGUGGCGACUUUAAAAGGCAGUCUAGAGAAGGGAAAGAUCCAUCUUCCAUGAACGAACGAGAGCCAAAAGAAGAAAACGAACACAUAGUGGACGAGUUUCAAAGAAGGCCGAGAGAAGUGAUGAAAGACCAAUCUACUACUAACCCUGAUUCAAUGCCUAAUGAAGUGGUGAAGGAAGGUGAUAAACCAACGUUGGGCUCUAACUAAAACCAUGACAUGAUCAUACGGUUCGUGCUCGUUUGCCCUUGCUAUAUAUAGGGAAAAAGGAUUACACAUGCAUUCCUGUGGCACUGAACCUUUUGAAUUUUUCUUUCUUUUCUUUUUUUCAGCUCGAAACUCAUCUGAAUCUUGCAGUUCUCUGGUUCUGGCUGGCUUGGGUUUAAUUUGCCUUCAGAUUAGUGUAGUGUUGGUUCUGCAUUCACAAUUUUUUUUAGUUUCGCUUUUUUUUUUUUUUUGAAUAGAUGUCUCCUGGACAGAAUUGGGGUAUUAUAGCCUCCCUGGAGGCUGUUAGUUUACCUUGAAAAAUCAAAUCAUAAUUUAAAUUUUCUUUCA